CUGUGUGUUAUUGGAGGAAGAUUGAUACCCGGCAUGUUUAAGAUUUAACAAAUUACGAGCUGGAUUCCUUUUCCAUCCAAGUUUUAUUUCAUCGCACCUCACAGUGGGUAUAAAAACCACUGCCGGAACGCGCCGACGUCCGCGCUCCUAUUGGCUGUCCGCAGCGUCGCUCAGAAGAAUGACGAUUUUGCUGCUAUAAGCAGCUGAUGCUGAGGCUACGAACACGGAGCCUCUGAAGAACUGUUGACGGUACAUGGAUACCCCUCAUCGGCGUUAUGCCUGCGGAUUUGGUCUCAUAUCCAUCCGGAGAAUAAGUACGGCUGUGCGGAGGUUUGGAUAGAAACACGAAACGUGAAACCUCAAGACAUGGAAUAGAGGGAGUUUGAAGACAACUGAAGCAACUUGAGUCAGAUCCAUAAAUAAAAGAAAGUGACAUUUAACACACAAAACAAAAAACGCAAGGCUGGAAGAGAGCUGUAGAGUGAGGAAGAGAGAAGCUGAAGAAGAAGAAGGAGAAGGAGAAGAGGAGUGAAGAUGGGGUGUGGUCAGACGCUUGCCACGUUUCUCCUGGACUCUACAGUUCUAUCCAUCAGCCGUCGGUCAAAGCAGGAGUCUCCUCGCUAAAACCCGAGCAGCACAUUUCACCUGCUGGAGGAGUCCCCACCCUUGGUGAUGUGAUGAAUAAGUUUGAAGUCCUUGGCAUUGUGGGAGAAGGAGCAUAUGGAGUGGUGCUCAAGUGCAGGCACAAGGAAACCAAUGAGCUGGUGGCCAUUAAGAAGUUCAAAGACAGCGAAGAAAAUGAGGAGGUCAAGGAGACAACUCUUCGGGAGCUGAAGAUGCUUCGGACACUGAAGCAGGACAACAUCGUGGAGCUGAAAGAGGCUUUUCGCAGGAGGGGGAAACUCUACCUUGUCUUUGAAUAUGUUGAGAGGAACAUGCUGGAGCUGUUAGAGGAACUGCCCAACGGUGCACCACCUGAUAAAGUCCGCAGCUACAUCUACCAGCUCAUCAAAGCCAUCAACUGGUGUCACAAGAAUGAGAUAGUACACAGAGAUAUAAAACCUGAGAACCUCCUCAUCAGCUCUGAGGAUGUUCUCAAACUCUGUGACUUUGGUUUUGCUCGUAACCUGUCUGAAGGAACAGAUGCCAACUACACUGAGUAUGUGGCCACAAGGUGGUACCGCUCACCUGAGCUGCUGCUGGGAGCUCCCUACGGAAAGGCAGUGGACAUGUGGUCGGUGGGGUGUAUCCUCGGGGAGCUGAGUGACGGACAGCCCUUGUUUCCAGGGGAAAGUGAGAUUGAUCAGCUCUUCACCAUUCAGAAGGUUUUGGGUCCACUCCCUGCAGAGCAGAUGAAACUCUUCUACAAUAACCCUCGAUUUCAUGGAAUCAGGUUUCCCUCAGUUACUCAUCCUCAGACUUUGGAGAGAAGGUACCAAGGCAUCUUGAGUGGUUUGAUGUUGGAUCUGAUGAAGAACCUGUUGCUGCUAAACCCCACUGAGCGCUUUUUGACCGAGCAGAGUUUGAACCAUCCAGCCUUCCAGCCUCUGAGGCAGGCAGAGAGAGAGAGGCCUCCUCCUGCAUCUCCCAACCCACCACGCUCCUCCAAGAGGAAAACACACCAUCAUGGGGAGAACACAGUUCCUACAAGGAGUCACAGUAAGAGCACGAGCCGUCGCUCCAACAGUAAAGAGUGUUCCAGCCUCCCUCGCCACGGAGACCUCCAUCACCUUGGCAACGAGAGUUUCCUCAAUGGUAACAAACCGGCCCCGUCCAGUUUAAGUCCUACACUCCACCCCAAGGGCCAGUACAUGUCCCAGACCCUCAAUCGCUCUGCCUCAUCCAACAAAGACCUGGCUAACAACAACCUGCCACACCUCCUCAGUCCCAAAGAAGCCAAAGGCAAGACAGAGUUUGAUUUCAGCUUGGGACCUUCCCCAAAGCUGUCGGACCAGGGGCAUGGGGCGAAGUACGGCCACAGCAAACCCAGCUCCUCUCGCUCUCAGCAGCAGCAGCAGCAGCAGCAGCAGGCCGUCCGCCACACCUUCCUGGAAAGCAAGACCAACACACUGCAGUCUGGAGCAGAGAAACAACAUGGCCGACAUGCCCACAGUAUGGCCGACUCUGCCCAUGGAUCCAUGUCGUCCUCUUCUAAGAGUUCAGCCUCUUAUCUCAGCCUGUCCAAGAGCCACAGCGCGCUGAGUGAUGCCAAAUCUGUAGGAAACCUCAGCGAUGGUCGACUCCACCCAGAUGACCCAAACUCCAACACAACAGCAGGGGUGGGACCCAGUGCCCGCUUUUUCCCUGCCAGCUGUUUAGACCUCAAUGCUCCUUCAGUUCCUCCAGGGCCGCCUGGCAGCCCCUCUGCCCGACACAGCGAUCGAUCCGGACACAGCCCCGCCUCUCGUAGCAGUGGCAAUGUCCGCAUGGAGAGCAGCACACUGGACUCCUCAUCCAGACACAAAUCCAGACAUAAACCUCUACCACCAGAGGAUGCUGGUGCUCCAGAGCUCUUAGACCCAGGAGGAGCAGGGAUGCCUUCAACUCACACUCUGCCUUCUCCACAUGAGUCUUAUCAUUACGGCCUGGGCUACACCUCGCCUUUCUCCUCUCAGCAACGGCCUCAACGCCACUCCAUGUACGUGAGGAGGGAGCGCCACCGGCCUCACGGGGUCGAGGGUGGGAUGGCGGGCUUGCCUGCACCAGGGCAGGUGAUACCGACACGAGCCAGCAGCCUGCAGCUCCUCUCCCCCCAGCUGCAGCACCGGACCACCCUCACUGGACACUCAGUGAGCUCUUCAAGAGAGGACUGCACUGAUGACAUGACAAGGAGUGAGCAGUCCCCUAAAGACAUGAGCCACCCUUGUGCCCCCAUCAAAGACUCUGCGAGGGACAACAAUGCUGCUUUUCAUACACAGCGCUCUAAAAACGAGGUUGGUAUGUACCACGACCCUCAUGGCGACGAUGGAGGUUCCUCCAAGGAGAACCGAAUGAUCUUCACUGAGUCCAUGCCUCGGAGAGUAGGCAGCUUCUACAGAGUCCCUUCACCCAGACCAGAUAACUCCUCCUCUUUCCAUGACGGUGUCGGGCAGGGUCGAGGGCCGGUCGUACCUGUUGUUCCAGGAGACCCUGUUGCUAUGGCCAACCACUCCAAACGCCAGACCGCUUUUGACUGGACUGCUGCAGAAGCGAUGGUCAUGAAUCCUCCAGAGCCCACCAAAGAGAAGGAAAAACAAGGCUUCUUCAGAGCCAUUAAAAAGAAAAAGAAGAAGACACAAAUAACUGACAUGGAGGACGGGAGGAACCCCAGCAUCAAGAAAAGUCUUUUCCCCCUCUUUAGCUCUAAGAAUAGCUUAAAGCACAACUCAGCUGUCAAAGUCCUACCUGUAGUCGCCUCGCCUAUGGUACAACACCAGCCUCCUGCGCCCUACCCUGCCUCACCAGUUACUGGUAUCGGACAAGAACACCUGUCCCUGCAGAGGAGCUCCAAGUCUUCCUCUCAUCACGGCAGCCGACGGAAAAACCGCGAGCGAUCCCGGGACAGAGACCGAGAACGAGAACAGAGCCGGGACCGAGACAGAGACAGAGAGAGAGAACGGGAAAGAGAAAGAGAGAGGGAAAGGGAGAGAGAGAGGGAAAGAGGGAGGGAGAGAGAGAGAGUCAAUGACUGGCCACCAGAAAAACCAGUGGACUCACACUCUCAGAGCCAACCACUCAAGUCACUCCGCAGGCUCCUUCACCUCUCACCUUCAUCCUCAAAUCAAGGACAGCCUCCUCCUCCUCCUCCUCCCGACCUGCGCUUCCAAGCCCCCCUCCCAAACCCCCAACAGCCUUCCUCCAAAGCGGGCUACCCUGAAGGUCGAGGGCAUGCCGAGAGCAGGGGGCACUCUGGGGUGAGCAGCACCGCCCAGGCCAAGAGUCGCAAGGCCAGCUACCCCCUCCCCGGACAGAUCGAGUCCAGCUGGCACGUGUCUGCUUUACAGCGGGCAGAGGGCGCUCAGUUCACCCCAGAACAGCUGGGCAUCAAACCGGGGCAGAACGGACCCACGUUUACCCGAGCCUCCCGCACCAGGAUGCCAAACCUCAACGACCUGAAGGAGACUGCGCUUUAAAAAAAUCCAACCCAAACCACACCACCUCUGAAAUGGCUCCAUCCUGAAAGCAUCUGCCCGACGCAGACAUCAUGGUACUGUAGUAAAAGUUUACAUGAAAGCCUAUUUCACUGGAUCAAGUCCUCAUUCGGAAACGUAGUUAUCUGUUGAUGCUCGUGUCUCUGAAAUCUACCAAGACUAGAUGUUGUCAGGCCAAACACAAACACCAGUAAACAGUGUCGUUUAGGGAAUCAGAAACAGGAAGGGGCCCACUCCCUUGUGGGAUGCCAGCACUGUAUCAGUUGUACAUUAUUCUCUCUCUACUUAACAACGUUAGAACAUCAGAAUAAGCUGAUCUUUCCUGACAAGGAGACACUGCCCAUGUGGCCUCUUUGCUGCCAUCUUCUGCUCACAGGACACUACUACAACACAUCUGACAGCCGCUGUCACACCGUGGCCAAUAAACUCAAAUGUUUUUCAAGCUCUGAUAUUUGAUAAGAAUAAAAAAAAAAAAGAAAGAUUUAUAUCAACAUUAUUUAUUAAAUAUUUAUUUGUUUUAAAUUCAAGGAUAUAAGCUAUAAAUGACACAGUAUGUAGGCUAUAUGGGAAUAUUAUAAGGUAAUAUAGAAUUAAAUGUGUAAUUGCAAGAGCUUUAGUUUCGACACAAAGAAAUGCAUAGAUAUUUAUGUGUUGAUAAUACAAUAUGUCACAAGGAAUAUUUAAUAAUGGUGAAUGUCCUUUUUUUUGUUCAAUUUGAUAUGUUAUUAACAGAUUUUCACAUUAUAUCAUGUUACUUUUACCCUUUUUUUCUGUUUGUUUCAUCAAAAUGUAAAGAAAUAUUGAUAAAUACUUGUUACCCAAAGUGGAAAAAAUGACACCUAGUACAAAUCUGCCCAUCACCCUCAUGACAUCAGUUCUGAAGUUUCGUGACUAGUCGGGCUAUUUGUCAACAGGGUUUGGUAGCAGAACAGCCAGAGUGAGACUGGUAGACUCUGUGCUUUACAUUGUCAGUUCACUUCAUGUCCCACUCUUGGUGUCAUCAUUUGAAAACGAGCCCCAUUUUCAGCUUUUCAGUUCUUUUAUCAGUGACAAAGGCUUUUCCAGCUCCAUGCUGCCAUGUUGGUUUUGUCUACAGCCUUAACAGCAAGUAAUCACCACACAGCCCUGGUGAAAAGUUAGCCUCUGAUACAACAUUUUUAAGUGUUUUAAGAUAGUAGGAGAGUACUCUGCAAAAAAGCAUACCUCACCUACAACCUUUAAGAUCUUAAAGGAUAAGUCUGGUCAUAUUCCAUGUGUUUGUUAUUGUGACAAAUUGAAAUCUAAAACCAACAGCGAAACAGGCUUCAAACAAGUUUUGUCUGUGGUGUAGCUUAUUGCUCUGUACCAUAGACCUCUACUGUUGUCCAAAAGCACAUCAGUGAGUUUAUUUUGAGCCACCACUUUGCUGCCAUAAAUACUUAGCAGAGCGCUAAAAUAGUCCCCAACAAAUACUAUAUUUAACGUUGGCCAGCUGUUUUAGGAAAUUAUUUAGAUUUUUUUAGCAAUGAAAGUUAUCAACACACAUGAUGAAAUCUGCCAAAAGUGACCUGUUUUUAAAGAUUUCUUUUUCAGUAAAAGCCGAUGGGCCUGGGACUGAGAGCCACAGACAGACAUUUUGAUUAAAGUAAAGUACAAAUACCACAACCUAAAAAUACUCCAUGACAAGUACAAGUGGAGCAUUCAGAAUCUACUUACAUAAGUUGAACCACAGAAGUGUUAUUUGUUAAUGUACUUUAAGUUUCAAAAGUAAAAGUAAAUGACUUCUAGGACUGAUAUUUCCUUAUACAAAUUAUUUGGCUAUCAAUAUUGUUGCAUCAGUGUAUAAGCCCCAUUUUCCUGUUGUCUAACAGGAUCGUUCCAGGUCAUCAUAAGUCUGAAGGGUCAUGAGAUGAUUCAUUUGAUAGAAAAUGAGAAAAAAAGUUCAGCUAAAUAAAUUUGUAUUUACUUUUUGUGAAUACAAUUUUGGAUCUUUGGGCCUCAAACAGUCAAGUAAAUUAAACGAUUGAGAACUUUGGAAAGAAAAGUCGCUCUUUACUUAAAAUACUAACAACUCAUAGACAUAUAGACAAAUGUAGGCACUUUUUAUAGGCACCGCUUUUGUAAGGGGUCAUACACAAAUAAGGUUACUGUUUCAGUCUUUAACAAUAUAUUGUAUUUAUUAAAGACCAUCACAUGAUUUUUUAUGUAAAAUCUUAAUCUGAAUUUAUUACUCGUGUUGUCAAAUGAUUGUAGGAGAGUAGAAGUAUAAUAUCAUAUAAAAUGCAAAUACUCGAGCAAAGUGCAAGUACCUCAAAGUUGUACUUACGUACAGUAAAUGUACUUAGUUACAUUCCACCACUGGCUGGUUUCAGUCUUUACAUGGGACUUUGUCGACAAUAAGAAAAAUAUGAAAUAACACCAGAUGUAUCCUUUAAUGUUUGUUUACAUUUUCUGUGUGCAUUUUAAAAUCUUGUGUUAGCAAAGUUUUUGUAAAUGCCUUUUGUAAAUCUGAAUUUCAUUUUGCAUUACUAGUUUUCUUUUCAACAUCAACAGUCACGAUCAGGGAUGAUUUUACUUAACUCAGUUGUUCAUAAAAGCAUUUACUUGUUGUCUACUGACCUGUGGAUGAUUAAAAAAAACUGAGUUCUGUAGAACAAAACACUAUUUGUGGCCUAGGCAAAGUAUACUGCAUAGUUUUUCUUCCAAUUUCACUUGUAUCCUCUGAGGAUGGAUGCAUUUGUGCAAAAUUCAAAACAUCUGUGGACUGAAGAGAGAAUUUGAAAAUUGUAUGUUUUAUUCCUCUGUCGAAUGGAUGAAAAAAACAACAUCAACAAAAACAAAAACAAAAAAACACAAAAAAAAAACAAAUGAACCAAUUGACUACAUGGCUGAUUGAAAGCAAUAAUAUUCAGAAGGAGACUCAGACUGAUGCAGAUUGUACUAGCCAAAUCAGUGGCUGGUUAAAUUGGAGCCAAAUAUAGCACAGACAAGGAUUUUCAGCAGGAGACUGUGAUUAAUGCAAGAGAAGUGUCCACAUAUAAUAUCAAGACAUUGCUCUGCAAUACAUUUUUUAUUUUCAAUUUGUCCUUGAACAUGAUGCAGGGCAGGUAAAACUGCCCCAUGUUGUGUAUUAUGGAAAAUCCUGGUUGCUAAUGAUUGUAAAUGACUGCUGACGUGGGUUUGUUUAUAUCAUUAAUGCGACAGAGUGAUGACAAAGCUUGCCUUGCCAGUGACCUGAAGCCUUACAUUAGCUUACUCACUCCAAAUGGAAAUUGAGGCUUCAACCCCCAGCAAGUCACAUACACUGAGAACUGAGACGAGAAAAAUACGAAUUUUGUUCACAAAUAUGAAUGUGUUUCGUAAAACAUCAGUUCUUUUUUCAUUUUAGCCGUUUCCCACUUCUUACAGGGUGUAAAUAGAAAUAAUAGAGUGUAUCUAUACUGACCAUUCUAACUUUAAAAAUGAUAGGGUCUCAUAAUAAAAGCCAACUGUACAUUUU